UGGAACAAAUGUCUUCAAAAGUGUAUUAUCAAAAUUAUUUUGUGGAAGAAAUGUACCAACUUAAAUCGUGCGUGGUCUUGUUGUGGAAAACGAAACUGAAAGCUGAAAAACCAAAAAAUUAAGAAAAUAAAAUAAAACAUUGGUGCAGAACGUUUACAAAUAAAAUUAGUUAAAUUCUUUAAUAACGUUGAAUUUUGUACAGUUAAAGUUUUUCAAUAAACAUUGAUACUAAAAAUAAGUACGUACUGAUAAGUAAUUAUUUAAAAUGCUACAAUGUACAAUGUUUGUAUCAUAAUAUUUGAGUGAAAGUGAAGACAAAAUACAACAUGAUACAACCAUGACACUGUGACAAUGAUUGCAGUUCAUUGUAUCAUCAUUCAUCACAUAAAUUAAUAAUGACUAUUGCCAUUAGUUGUGUUUGAGUAGUUAUAAAUGUCUGUAUCAAAAUACUUUAGUCAACGAAACAAACCUGAAACUGAUGAUUUAGCCGAUUGUUUUAUAAAUUUAGAAAAUGAUCUUGUAUCUCAGUUAAACAAUCUGAAUUAUGGGCCAAACAUUGUUUAUAUUUAUAGUCCAUUAGAAUAUGCAUUCAAUUUACACAAGAUAUUUUUAAAAAAGUUUUUAAAUGCAAACAAAAAAGUAUUAUUCUUAGGCAUGAACCCAGGACCCUGGGGAAUGUGUCAAACCGGUAUACCAUUUGGUGAAGUUAAUAUUGUGAGAAGUUAUUUAAGAGUAGUUGGAGAGGUUUUAACACCCACAAAUUAUCAUCCUCAAAGACCAGUUACUGGUCUUGACUGUCAUAGAAGUGAAGUCAGUGGUAAAAGAUUAUGGGAUCUUUUUAUUGAACUCAGUGACGGCGAUCCAUAUAGGUUUUUCAAAGAUUGCUUUAUUCAUAAUUAUUUCCCUUUGGCAUUAAUGAAUGAAAAUGCUAAAAAUAUCACACCAAGCGAUUUAAAGAGUGAAUACCAAAAAAAGUUACAAGAAAUCUGUGACAAAUCGUUGAGUGAUGUAGUUACUUUACUUCAUAUUGACACCAUUGUUGCGAUUGGAAAAUAUACUGAAAAAAGGUCUAAUGAAGUAGUCAAGAAUUUUAAACUAAACAAUAUUAAGGUUGUACGAAUUCCUCAUCCCAGUCCCCGCAGUGUUGGCACAGCAGAAAAAUGGAAAAAUGAGACAUUAGUUCUACUCAAAUCGAAUAAUAUUCUCCAGUUAUUCAAAUAAAAAUGGAUUGGAGUGAUCAUAUGAAGAUAUCAUUAUGUUUAGCUAAAGAAGCAUUAGAAGUAGGGGAAGUUCCUGUUGGCUGUAUUUUUGUUGAUAAUGACGGUAAUAUUUUAGCUUCUGGUCGUAACACAGUAAAUGAAACAAAAAAUGCAACUAGGCAUGCUGAAAUAAAUUGUGUCGAUACAAUUGUUAAGGCUAGCUUUUUAGAAAAACUAUCUAACAUAACUGUUAUUGUUACUGUGGAACCUUGCAUAAUGUGUGCUGCAUUGUUGAUAAGUAUUGGUUGUACUAACAUUGUUUAUGGUUGUGCUAAUGACCGUUUCGGAGGCUGUGGUACUGUACUUGCUGUUCCUGGUUUAGAAAAUUGUAAAGUCCAAAGUGGAUUAUUCGGAAACCAGGCAAUGGAUUUACUUAAGCAGUUUUAUAAAGGGCAAAAUCCAAAUGCUCCAGAAAAUAAAGUUAAAAAAAAACCUGUAAAUCCAUAAAAGACAAUUUUAUUUUGCAUUUAUAUUUAUAUAAUUUGAUAUAAGGAGAAUAAUUUUUAAACAAUGUAUAUAUUUUUUUUUUUUGAGAUGUACUUUUAAUCUAUAUAAAUUUUGUUCUAAGGUAUUCAAUUUCUAAAUUAAAUUGUUUUAAUGAAA